AUGUCGCAACCGACGGCUGAACAGACUGUUGUACCUCCACUACCUAAACCGUCCACUAAUCCAGGAAGUUAUGAGGAGCUCCAUCGAAAAGCCAGAGAUGUCUUUCCAACUUGUUUUGAGGGUGCCAAAGUAAUGGUCAGCAAAGGCUUAAGUUCUCAUUUUCAGCACUUCGCUAAGUGCUGGGGCAGUGCCGAUGCUCAAUAUGAGCAUGUAGUAGAAGUAGAUGGGAUUUAUUGUUAG